GGAAAUUAAAAUUAAGGAUGACGAGGACAGAACAGACAUUGGCAUUCAUGCGGGUCCUGGGAUUCGGGAGAUGACGUG